AUGCUUGCACCUGCCAUGCCGGAGUCCUGUUUGAACAAGCUUCAACCUGGUGUUCAGGCCAAAGUCGAUCUCGUGAUGGCUGGUCUUAAGCGGGAGACAAGUUUGAAGGGCUAUAUGGAUCUCGACAAGUGGAACCAUUUCUAUGCAACAGACGUUAUUGCAGAUUUAGCGUUCGGCCAGUCAUUCAAGACCUCGGAAACAGGCAAAUACAGGAACCAGUCAGCACACUUCAAUGAUCCAAGGCCAAGUCUCUUUAGUACGAUCAUGGGCGAUAAAGGUCAGGAAGCUGCAGUCACUGAAGAUGACCUUGUAUCCAAUGCAAAGCUGUACUUGGGAACAAGCAAGCGCGCGCGCCUGGUUGGAGACAUUGCAUUCGCUAGUCCACCGUCCAAGCCAACGAAUGAUCAGCUGCGCAGCAAACCGUAUCUGGACCACGUAAUCGACGAGACACUUCGACUGCAUUCUGUUAUUGUGGGCCCGCUCCCUCGUGUAGUCAAUUAUCAGCCUGAAGCUGGCCGCGUGCUAGGCAAUCAACUUAUUCCUCAAGACACCACUGUCAAUCCCUUCACGUGCCGCCUCCAACGUAACUCGUAUCUUUUACCCAGCCCGCUUAUUUGGAACGGAGAUCGAUGGGAGUCUGCUACACAAAGAAUGAAGCACUCAAUUUACGCAUUCGGUGGUGGCAGUCGCGCGUGUGUGGGCAGACAUCUUGCUAGAAUCGAGCUUCGUAUGGCAGUAGUUGCCUUUCUACGUACUUUCGAGGACGCAGAGCUCGCUUAUGGCGUGGAAGGAUUCGGUCCACAAGGCAUGGACAUCGUUGAGAUUAUUGUCGCCAAACCUGUGGCGGAACAGAUGCUAUUCAGGUAG